CGACUCUUCGUGUUUGGCGGCAUGCAGUUGGGCGUCGUAACAAAGUCCAGUGACAUUGACUGCGUCUGUGUGGUGCCGAGGCACAUCACGCGGGAGCAUUUUUUCCGGGACCUGGUCAAAAGGUUGAAGCAGUAUAGCGAAAAGUACAGGAUUUCCGACAUUGUCUCCGCGGAGCACGCAUACACGCCCAUUAUAUCCAUGCGCAUCGAGGGCCAAGCGAUCGAUCUUAGCUUUGCUAGGCUAGACGUCGACGCUCUCGAUUUCACAGCUGCAGAGACAAAUCUUCUUGACGAUUCUGUGCUGAUUGGCCUCGAGGAAGAGAGUGUGCGGAGUCUGAACGGAUAUCGUACCAACGCUGCGAUCUUAGCAUGCGUACCAGGUGAGAAUAAACUCGUUUUCCGUACGGCGCUGCGCUUCGUCAAACACUGGGCGAAAUGCCGCGGCCUUUCCAGCAACAAGCUCGGUUUUUUCGGGGGCAUCACGUGGGCGAUCUUGGUGGCAAAAGUAUGCCAGCUUUACCCAAAUCACAACGCGGCGGGUAUCGUUCAUCGCUUCUUCGUGUUUUGCGACAGGAAAAGGCAAAACUGGGGCCCGCAAGCGCCAGCACUGCUGUCACCGAUCCGCGAGGCAACCGCUAUUCCCCCAC